AUGUAUACAUUUGUUUGAAACUUAUGACGAAACUUGGCAUCACUGAACUCUGUUAUGCCAAGCAGCUGUUGUCAACACACGAUUUUGGUUGGUUAGUUGACAGCACAAACAAAAGUUCCAUGCGAGUAAAGUUGUUUCAAAACAUAUACAAAACAUUCCGUAUAAAAUAUAAUCAUAUGGCUGUUUUCACGCAAGUUUUUAAUCCUUUGACAGCGCAGAACGAAUGGGCUGUGCAUAACGAUGAUUACGAUUAUGAUUUGGAGCUAACAUGCACUGGAUUUGGAGACAUGUUGCAUGACAAGGAGCGCAAUCAAAAGUACUUCAAAGCACUGCGAAUGGCUAUUGCUCGCAUGCAUGCUGACGGCCGUGAAGCCCACGUGUUGGAUAUUGGAACAGGUACGGGAAUAUUGUCAAUGAUGGCACUCACUGCCGGAGCUGACACAGUAACCGCAUGCGAGGCAUUUAUGCCUAUGGCGAAUUGCGCUGAGCGCAUAUUCACGGUAAAUGGAUUUGGAGAUAAAGUGCGUUUGGUAAAGAAACGUUCAACAGAAAUGCGUAUCGGUGUUGAUAUGCCGCAAAGAGCUAAUCUAUUGGUGGCCGAGUUAUUAGACACCGAGUUGAUAGGUGAAGGUGCUAUUAGUAUAUACAACCACGCGCAUGAUGAACUCCUAACAGACGACGUCGUAUGCAUACCAUCAAAAGCGACAUGUUAUGCCCAAGUUGUACAAUCACCAUUAGCCUCACAAUGGAACACCAUGAAAAUAGUUGCUGAUUUAGAUGGGAAUAUUCUACUACAGCCGCCUAAGGAUGUAUUGCAAUGCAAAGGUGAUGCUGCAGUACAUGAUAUGCAACUUUCACAACUAAGCUUGGAAAAGUUUGUUCCUCUAACAAAACCAGCGGAAAUUUUUGAAUUUGAUUUCAAUAGAAAGUCUAAAACACCAGUGCCGGUACAACGACAACAAUUGCUUGAAAUGAUUGCUUUACAACCAGGCUCAACUGAUCUAAUAUUCUAUUGGUGGGAUAUUAGUAUGUACUCCGGGGAUAAUUUAGUGUUGAGCUGUGCUCCAUAUUGGGCCCAUCCGGACUACAAAAGCAGAAAUGAUAUAAUACCUUGGCGUGAUCAUUGGAUGCAAGCCAUAUAUUACAUACCAAAACCACAGCAUAUUUCCAGAACUGGAGAAAAAUUUGUAUUAAGUUGUAACCACGAUGAAUAUUCGCUUUGGUUUGACGUGCAUAACACGCUAAAGUCGGAUACAUCUGUUUCACGACAUGCCUGUACGUGCAAUCUUCACCUCGCCUAUCCUCGCUCACGAAUUGGUCAAAUGAAUCAGUCGGUGCGUAAUAAAAAGUUUCUAAACUACUUGGAGAAUAAUUUAACGAAAGACUCGCAAGUGCUGUGUCUUGGCGAUGGAUGUAUUUUGGGUGUGGCUGCUGCAAAGAUGGGUGUAACGUCAGUUGUAAUCUCUGAAAAUCACUAUUUUUCUAAACGCUUCAUGGAGUCUGUAGUGAAAAAUAAUGAUGUAAAAAAUGUGGAAUUUAUCGCAAACAUAAAUAGCCUACCAGAUUCGAAGUUAUCACAGUUAACCCAUGUUUUUGGAGAGCCAUACUUUUUUAGUGCUAUACUUCCUUGGGAUAACUUUCAAUUCGGCCAUCUUUUGCAAAACAUCAUUGAGAAAUUACCGCCAUCAGUAAAAAUAGCACCCAAAUCCGCCAAAAUAUUCGCUGUUCCAGUGCAAUUCACCGACCUCCACAAAAUCAGAACACCAGUGCAGCAAUGCGAAGGGUUUGAUUUGAAGCUUUUUGAUCGAAUGAUUAAGAAUGCAAGGGCAAAGCUGCCUGAUCACAAAAUUGAAGCACAACCCCUUUGGGAAUAUCCCUGCAAAGCGUUGGCAAAACCUCAAGAGCUUUUGCAUGUAGACUUCCACAAUUUCAAGAGGGAGCAGUCCAAUAAUGGUGACAUCCAAACUGAAAGUGAUGGAACAUGCAACGGGAUCGCGCUUUGGGUGGAAUGGAAUAUCGAUGGAGGUUCGGGUUCUAAAUCGAUUGUGAGUACGGGCCCUGUAGAACCAGUUGAGCCAGGAAACUUCAUUAAAUGGGAUAUGUUCGUUCGACAAGGUGUACAAUUAUUGGAGCAAGGUCAUCCUGUUAUUAAUGGAAAAAGUAGCAUAAGAUGGACAUUACAGCACAAACCAACAUUAAGUAAAAUUGAAACGGAUUUUAAUGUAAAUGUCUAAAUUUCGUGUUUGUGUAUUAUAUAAGAUAGUACGUUUAAUUCCAAAUUGUAAACCCGAGUGACAUAAUUGAUUUUUAGGUAUUCAUAUCUAGUUUAUUUAUAAAUUCGAAAACAUCAAUAUAACAAUAUAAGGAAAUAUGACAAAAUUAUCAAAUCGCAUACGCUCAUAU